UGUUGUACAUGUGCCUCCAUUGAAUGAUGGAGUCCUUUGACUAUCAUGUCGUUGGAACUGUCCACAAUUUUGGUGUCUUUAAAAAUUCCGGAAAGAAGGUGAUAUUACAGAUUGACUUCAAGACAAACAAAGUCAGUCUUAUCAAGAGAGGGGCUAUACAAUACAAAUGUGACUUCGACGAUCUCUCAUACGACUCCGAGGAAGGAGUACUGUUCUGUAUAAAAGUUGGCGGGAAGCAGAUUGAACUCACGGCCGAAAAUCUCGAGGAAAAGACAGCAAUAUGUCGCCUGUUAAGCAUCGUGCAGUGCAAUGCUGCAGAUUUAGUCAAACGAGAAUUAAGAGGGAGUUCAGGGGGAUUUACAGACGAUGUGGUCCGGACCAGAACGACUUCCGUAAUUAAGGAGGGGGUGUUGGAGAAGAAGGGCAACGCCACCAUUCAGCUGUGGGCAAAGAGAAAAGUGAAGGUGACUCCAGGGAUGUUUUCCUAUUUUAAAACUGACGAACAGUCUGCUUUAAAUGUCGUUCCAUUGAAACCAAACCAGUACCACGUGAAGAGUGUGGGCAACUCCGGGUUUAAUGUCAUCUUCCCCAAAAGGACGUACUAUUUCCGAUUAACUUCUUCCAAUGCACCCAGUUCACAGACAGAAAGGAACGAAUGGAUCCGUGCCUUUACAACAGCAUGUCAGGAGAAGAGACGAACAGUGAUAGAUUUUGAGUUCUCUGGUCUAGAACCAACACAUCAACCAAACAAUAAGUUUAUAUUAAGUGUAGGUUCAUUAAGCCAAUCAGACGACUCACUGUAUGACCAAGUUUAUGCGGAAGAAGGAGUAAAAAGUACAGAAAUCCAUACAGAAUCUGAAACCCAAACUGAGGAAGAAGCGAGGCUUUCUACAGUCCCUAAAACAGAAAUCUUGAAAUGUGUCACCAAAGACAGACCUAAAAAGAAUUCUGAGAAGCAACCUUUGGUCGCUGUAAAGUCUAUAAUAACUGAGGAGAGUGAACAAGAGAGAAACGAGCAGGUUACAGCCAAUCAAGAUGUAACAGAAUCAGAAAAUGUACCUAUUGUGAACGAUUUAUACGACGUCGUGAAAGACAUUCGUUACUCCUCAUCAGAAGAUAAUUUAAGUGAGGGCCACGAGGAGAUGGUCUGCCCAGAAGGGGAUUAUGCUUAUCCAGAGGAAGGACUCCGCAACCCACAGAAAGGGUCUGAUGAGACUGAGGCAGCGUGUCCUACAUAUGAAGACAUAACAGAAGAAACAAAACCUUCAGAGUUAAAAACUGCACAAGAAAUAAAAGAUGAUUACCCAGAAACAGCGCUUUACUCAGAAGUGAGAAAAAUAUCACAGGACGCAGACAGUGGGAAUCGUUCUGAUGUAAGCAGUGAUGAGAAGGAACUGAAAGAAUCUCCAGUGUAUGCACAGUCAUUGAAAAGGAAGCAACAUCCAAGAAGAGAUUCCCUUAAACAGCGUGAAGUUCUUCCACCACCUCCCCCUCCACCCAUGUCACCUAUUCCUUUACAACCUCCAUCCAAGGUGGUUACAGAAUCACAUAAUGAAGACAAAAACCAAGAACGAAAGCCACGUAAGAAAUCUUUAAUUAGACCCCCUUCUCAACCUCCGCCUCCCCCUUCUUCAAAAGACCGUCAAUCGACGUCAUCAGGAACUUCAGACUUGUCUAGAUCGUCUGCAUCAGACAAUAUAGAACCACAGAAAACAGGUGCUGAUUUACCUCCUACCCAGCUUACUCCACCCAAAGAUCGCCAAUCAACAUCAUCAUUUUCCUCUGACUUGUCUCAGUCAUCAGCGGAAAAAUCAGCAAUAUCCUCAGAAGUAGAGCAAGAAGAGUCUGCUGAUACAUCCGCGUCCGAGUCUCCUAAGGAUCGUUUGUCUUUCUCACAGUUCAUUAUAUCUUCAUUAUCCGAUUUUUCUCUUGCGAGUGAACUAGAAUCAUCUGCUAUCUUGUCUUCUGCCAACAGUAAGCAAGUAUCUCUGGACCGUGAUGAGCAAACGUCAGUUGUAAACAAUGAACCGAAAUCUGUUGAAACCAACGAGUCUACGUCCAUUGUCAACAAAGAACAGACACCAAUUACCAACACCGAUUCUUCAUCUGUUGACAACAGUGAUCCUUUAUUUGAUACUAAACUUGAGACUGCUGAGACCAAUAACCAGGAGUCUUUGGUUAACAGUGAAGAAAUGUCUGUUGAUAAAGACGAGUCGAUACCUGUAUGUAAUGAGGACAAUGAGGCUACCUCUGUUGACAACAGGGAUCUCGUGUCAACAGAAACAGGUGACCAACGCUUCAGCAUACCAGUGCAUCCACUCCCUCAGUGGCCCCCUCCAUCAGAGAAUGAUUCCUUACCUCCACAACAACCUUCUCAUAUUCCAGUACCACCACCCCCUCCAUCUAUCCCACACGCACCACCGCCUCCACCAGCACCUACGACAAAGAGACCAACGAAACUAAGAACAUUGCACUGGUCGAAGCUUAGCAAAUCGCAGGUAAAAUCAUCUUUUUGGAAACAUGCCAACGACCGCAAAAGUAAUAUUAAUACUGAAAUGAUACUACAUCACUUUUCUGUUGUGGACGAUAGCCAACAACAACUAAAAUCAGAACAAACAUUUCCCGGAACGAAAUUGUUGUUAGAUGCUACCAGAGCAAGAAACCUUGGAAUUAUUCUUACCGGUCUGAAGGCAGAGGGUGCGCGCCAUAUUCGCGAAGUUCUCAAUUCGGUAACCGAAGAUGAAUACUUUCCAGCGGAAAAACUGACCACGAUACGUCGUUAUCAACCGACAUCAGACGACAUCGAAUUGUUCAAACUUUAUUCUGAUAAAAAGUCAACGUUGGAUCCAGUGGACAGAUUUAUGUGUGAACUAUGUGAAAUAGAAUGUAUUGGCACUCGUCUAGAUUUUAUCCUCUUGCUUUGGGACUUUCCACGCCAGCUGAAAUGUACAAAUGAAUCUAUAGAAGAACUAUCUCAGGCAUGUUCUGACUUGAAGACAAACACGCACCUUGUCCAGUUGAUGGAGUACAUUCUCGCCAUUGGUAACUACAUGAAUAAUGACCACAAAAAUCAUGGAUUUCCUGUUACCUCUCUAAAGAUGUUUAUGGACAUGAGAGGCAAGACAACAGAUUUUACCUUCUCGCAUUUUCUUGUGGAGCUAUUGGAGGAAAAGGAUCCGGAAGUCAUUAAAUGGAUCCAGACAAUGGACAGCGUAACCAAAUGUAAAAAUAUCAAUAUCAAGGCCCUAGUCGUCGAGAUAGACGUGUUAAAGAGCGAUCUAACAAAACUGAAAAAGAACUUGAAGACUUUGAAGUCUAAAAUAAAGAAACCAAAUGAAAUGGAGACUGAAUUCCUUCACAAGGCACAGCUAUUACUAGUGGACUUUGAAAGCAGCAUGCAUGCAUUGGAAAAAGAGAGCACGCGUAUCCAGGCUACUUAUCGCCACCUUUUGGAAUAUUUCGGAGAGUCGGCGAGCGUUCCUUCGAAUGAACUCUUUUCUGUUCUGUCGGACUUUGCACAAAAAUUCAGAAAGUCGGUGGACGACAUCGAGAGAAGAAAGCGGUACCAAGCUCUUCGUCAAAACAGUUUACUUUGAAGUUUUAGCUUUUUUUCAAAGUAUUAAAAAGACAAACUUUAAAUAGAAAGAUGAAAAAAUCGUUUAAAAAGGAAUGCUUUAUAUUUUCUUCAUUUGUUUGUAUUUCUUUGAGAAAAGUCUGAACCCUGUACCAUCUUUGUAAAACAUAGGUUUUAUUUUCUUUCACAAAGCAUGUCAGUUGGUGGUUUUUUUUAUUUUAUUUUCGUGAUCGAGACACUUGUGUAAUGGGAGUGAAGAGCUCUUACCCUUCUAUAUCAAAUUCACAGAAGAGAGGGCUUCCUUUUUCACGUCAUUUUGUCGAAUUAUUUAUCAAUAAAAAAAAUUUUCAUUCCAAUAUUGCAUCCAACUUCAGAUAUUUGUAUACACACAAACACACACACACACCC